AUGAGCUUGCUAAAUUACCUCCUUAGAGCAGCUCCAGCGCUGCUAUCAAACUGGGCAAAAGGCCCCCCUGGCAAGCCCAAUGCAACUCCAGCGCACCACUUGCAGCCCGGGCAAGCCCUAGGUCCCACUAGCCCGGGCAAGCCCAGUGGCAGAUUUUGCCUAGGCUUCAGCCUGAGGGCGCUGACGUCAGCGCUAGUGUUAUGCCGACGUCAGUGA